UCGCGCUGCAGGAAAUAACGGCUCUGUCCUCUGUCUUCAAGCUAAUUAAGAGCAAUUUAGCGGGGAGAAUGGCAGGCCUGUGGAAAUCCUACCAGGCCCUGAUGACCAGAUACCCCUGGAGAGUGCAGAUAAUCACUGCAGGGUCUUUGGUGGGUGUUGGUGACGUCAUAUCCCAGCAGCUGAUUGAGAGACGAGGACUGGCUCAACACAACGUGCAGCGGACGGCCAAGAUGAUGAGUAUCGGUUUCUUUUUUGUGGGUCCAGUAAUCGGGAGUUGGUACAAAGUUUUGGACAGACUGGUUGUUGGAGGAACUAAAAGUGCUGCAAUGAAGAAAAUGCUGGUCGACCAGUUGUGUUUUGCUCCGUGCUUCUUGGGAGCUUUCCUGUGUCUCUCUGGAGCUCUGAACGGACUGACGGUGGAGGAAAACGUCGGCAAGCUGAAGAGGGACUACACAGAUGCCCUGAUCUCAAAUUACUACCUUUGGCCUCCGGUCCAGAUCGCCAAUUUCUACUUCAUUCCACUACACCACAGGUUGGCUGUCGUCCAGGUUGUUGCUGUUGCCUGGAACUCCUACCUGACCUGGAAGGCCAAUAAGAUGUGAAGGAUGAUUACAAGUCCAGCCUGUUUUGUUGUUGUUGUUGUUGUUGUUGUUGAUGAUGAUGAUUUUACACUCAUUUGUAGUGUGUGUGUGUGCGUGUGACAGGGGCCGACAACUUCCUUUAGGCUACUUAGUCUUCUGAUAUUUCCAAAGUGUAAAACUGUGACUGAGUCACUGAUAAAGGUCGGGAGAAAGCGCUUGUCUACUCUGAAUGACAAAUUCACACUUGAAAGUCAAACUUGCAUUUGCAGAAACGUCUGUGAAAGUUUGUUAUUUAUGGAAAUGGGAUCUGGCAGCGGUGCCGCAGUGCAGCCACACAUACGCACGCACACACACACACACACACACACACACUAACACCCGCUGGCUGAAAAGAACUUUGCUAAUCCUUUGAAUCUAUUGUUAAUCACUUGAUACAGGAUCAUUUGAAACAGGUCAGUAAAAACGUGUUUAGUUUUAUUUUGAAGGAAAAUUUCCUCAUUCAUUUCUUUAAUCUGUGAUUUUCACUUUGUCCAAGAAUUUCUAAUAAUGUUUCAGUUUACAUGUUGUUUACCCACUUUCACUGCAUCUGACUCAUCUGUGUACUUUUACUUUACUGUUUUUGUUUCGGACAGUGCUCAGGGAAGGUUAGAUUUCUGUUAUAAAUGCACAUGAUAAGAGUGAUAACCAGGCAACAGAUGGAAAAAGCUGCCUUCUUCCUCCAGUAACACCAGGUCUUAUGCUGCGUUCAUGUCAUAUCGGAUCGGAAUUAUGAGAUUCUGACAUGUAAAUAGUGUUUGCACCAACAUUCAAGUUUUAAGAGCCUGACAGCUCAGACAAACCAGACUUGACUCUGAAUACAGUAUAUUUAAAAAUAUCUACAUAACUUUAUUAUUCUAAUCCACAGUAUAUUGAUCAUGCACCCAUUGCCGUGUGGUUUUAAUGACUUGAAUACUUGUUAACAGUCUUGCUCACCCACCUAAACAACAAAAUGGACCCAGGAAUCCCUUUGUACACCUUCAGUCCCUGUUGAAGUGUGGAUGGUCCUUUAUUUUUCAGUGUAUAUGUAAUGUUUGUUCUCACAAUGUGCACAUUUGUAAUGACAAAAUCCAUCUCGUAUAUAUAAAGUUCUGAAGCUCUA